GUACCGGGAGGUGGGACGAGGGCAGGGCUGCCGGAAUGCGACGUGUCUCGGAACCCACUUAAAUACGCUUCUUUUUCCGCGUCUCUCCACAAACUACCUUCAAAAACUUCACCUGCACUCUCAGUCCGCCCCGCCUCCGAGCGAAGGUCUAUAAUCGAGCGCACUCCACCGGAGCGACAUGCCUGGAACCACAACCCAAAACACGGAUCUGCAAAGGUCAACUAAUGUGGUAUAUCAAGCCCACCAUGUUAGCCGCAGUAAGAGAGGGCAGGUUGUGGGAACCAGAGAAGGUUUCAGAGGGUGUACAGUCUGGCUCACAGGUCUGUCAGGGGCUGGUAAAACAACGGUGGGCUUUGCAUUAGAGGAGUAUCUGGUGUCCCACGCCAUUCCAUGCUACUCUCUGGAUGGUGAUAACAUCCGUCACGGCCUGAAUAAGAAUUUGGGCUUUAGUUCAGAGGAUCGAGAGGAGAAUAUUCGGCGUAUUGCUGAGGUGGCCAAACUGUUUGCAGAUGCUGGGCUGGUCUGCAUCACAAGUUUCAUCUCACCAUUUACCAAAGAUCGUGCGGACGCCCGGCGCAUCCAUGAAAGUGCUGGCUUGCCGUUUUUUGAGGUGUUUGUGAAUGCUCCUCUGGAGGUGUGUGAGAGCAGAGACGUUAAAGGACUUUAUAAGAAAGCAAGAGCUGGAGAGAUUAAAGGCUUCACUGGUAUAGAUUCAGGGUAUGAGGGUCCAGAAGCUCCUGAGCUGGUUCUAAAGACCGGAGAGCUCACUGUGAAUGAUUGCAUCCAGCAGUUGGUGGAUCUUCUGAAGGAGCAGAGCAUCAUUCCCAGUGGAGUUGUUGAGGAGAUUAAUGAACUCUUUGUGCCUGAGAACAGACUGAAGCUGGCACAGGAAGAUGCCAGCACCCUGCCCUCUAUCAGCAUCACCAAAUUGGAUUUACAAUGGGUGCAGGUGUUGGCUGAAGGUUGGGCUAGCCCUCUUAACGGCUUCAUGAGGGAGAGAGAAUACCUACAAGUUCUUCAUUUCAACACCCUACUGGAUGGUGGUACAAUCAACCUCUCAGUACCCAUUGUUCUUCCUGUUGCUACGGAGAUAAAAGAACGUUUAAAUGGCAGAGUGGCUGUGGCUCUAGAGUACCAGGGAAAACGUGUGGCUAUCUUGCGGAACCCGGAGUUCUUUGAGCAUCGAAAGGAAGAGCGAUGUGCUCGCCAAUGGGGAACAAGCUCUCCAAAACACCCUUACAUAAAGAUGGUAAUGGAGAGUGGUGAUUGGCUGGUAGGGGGUGAGUUGGAGGUGUUUGAGCGAAUCAGAUGGAACGAUGGUCUGGAUCAGUACCGUCUCACUCCACGGGAGCUAAAGCAGAAAUUUAAAGAGAUGAAAGCAGAUGCCGUAUUUGCCUUUCAGUUGAGGAACCCAGUGCACAAUGGCCACGCUCUGCUGAUGAGUGACACGCGUCGACGAUUAGAGGAACGCGGAUAUCGAAGGCCCGUGCUGCUGUUGCAUCCUUUGGGAGGCUGGACCAAAGAUGAUGAUGUUCCUCUGGACUGGAGGAUGAAACAGCAUGCGGCCGUGUUGGAGGAGGGCAUUCUAGACCCACACUCCACCAUUGUGGCCAUCUUUCCCUCCCCCAUGUUGUAUGCAGGACCGACUGAAGUCCAGUGGCACUGUCGUGCAAGGAUGGUUGCAGGGUCUAAUUUUUACAUUGUGGGCCGUGAUCCUGCUGGAAUGCCCCAUCCGGAAUCAGGGCAGGACCUGUAUGAUCCAUCUCACGGGGCUAAAGUUCUGUCCAUGGCACCUGGACUCACUUCUGUAGAGAUCAUCCCAUUCAGAGUGGCAGCAUACAAUAAGACCAAGAAGUCCAUGGACUUCUAUGACAAGGACAGGCAUGCCGAAUUCGAGUUCAUUUCCGGGACCAGGAUGCGCAAGCUGGCUUGCAGUGGAGAGAACCCUCCUGAUGGCUUCAUGGCUCCCAAAGCCUGGAAGAUCCUGACUGAGUAUUACAGUUCCCUACAGAAAGAUCACUGAUGACACAUCAACAGCCCGUUACAAGACAUUCCAACACAGAAACCUCACAAGAACACUGAGUUUUGAAGAAAUAUGUUUUUUGCACUUUGAAUACCUCAGUACACUAGUGUAAGGCAUUGAAUAAUGAAGGUGCACACUUGCACUUAAAAUGUGUUACCUUUGGCCUUAAAGGGGUAGUUUACCCAAAAAUGAAAAUUCUCUAAUUAUUUACUUAUCCUCAUGACAUCCCAGAUGUGUAUGACUCUCUUUCUUCUGUUGAACACAAACAUAGAUUUGUAGGCCCAUACAAUGCAAGUGAAUUGUGGCCAGAACUUAAGGACAUAAAGGCAGCAUAAAAGUAAUCCAUAUGAUGGUUAAAUUUAUAUCUUCAGAAGUGAUAUGAUAGGUGUGGGUGAGAAAUAGAUAAAUAUUUAAGUACAUUUUGUUUUUACUAUAAUCCUUUUUUACUAUCCUCUCUGCCCAGUAGGUGGAGAUAUGCACAAAGAAUGUGAAUCACCAAAAACAAAAGAAGAAGUGAAUGUGAAAGUGAAAGUUGAGAUUUGUAGUAAAACAUAACUUAAAUAUUUAUCUGUUUCUCACCCGCACUUAUGAUAUUGCUUAUGAAAAUAUGGAUUUAAUGACUGGAGUCAUAUGGAUUACUUUUAUGCUGCCUUUAUAUGUUUUUUGGACCUUCAAAGUUCUGGCCACCAUUCACUUGCAUUGUAUGGCCCUACAGAGCUGAGACACUUUUCUAAAAUUCUUUGUCUGUGUUCUGCAGAAGAAAGACAGUCAUACACAUCUGGGAUGGCAUGAGGGUGAGUAAAUGAUGAGAGAAUUCUCAUUUUAGGGUGAACUAUUACUUUAAAGAAGGUCAGUUUAUGCAAAUUUACUUUAAAAAAAAAGGGGAAUAUGAAAGUGAUGUGUAGGUAAAAACAAAUAAAAAAUUAAUAAAAAAAACUUAGUCAACUGUGAAACUUAAACUAAUGUGCCUUAAACCUGAUUAAGAGUGUGCCAAUCCCAAAGAGAUUAUGAUAUAAGGUGCCUUGGAUGCUUUUGAAUGCAUUUAAAUAGGUGUAUCAUUUAUAAUCUAAACGAAGCAUUUUUUUUUAUCAGAGCAGUGUUAAUGAAGUUCAAAUACUGCCAGUGCAAGGGUAGGAUUUCACUAUGUAACCAGAAUGAUUGUGUUUAUAUAGAAAGUUUUUUUUUCUCAAGGGUUAUCUGGGAAUCAAAUUGGGAAAACAUACUGGGGAACAUAUUUAUUGUAUUAAUUCAAAGACAAUAAUGAAUCACACUGUUUUAUUAAAGAUUUAUCAGUCUCUAUGCAGUAUGAUAUAAUUUUAGACUGUAUAUCUUAUCUCUUUUAAUUAAAUCUUUGUACUGUAGUUAUAUAACCAUGACCAUAUGGCUGCUUCUUUAGAUGCAACUCACAGUGUUUGUGUAUGUACAACUUUCUUUCUGCUCCCUGAAACAAGGGCAAAAGUUACAUUUAACAGAUGGAUUGCGUAACCCGAGUUUAAGGCCAUCCACAACACAGCCACAGAAAUUAUGACUCUUUACCGCCAUCCUGUGGUCACCAGCUCACAUACUAUAUUUGUUUCUUCAAUUUCAGGCACUUUCAAGUCCCUAGUAGUUGAUUUUAAUUUAAACAAACAUAUUUCAAACAAACAUAUUUGUUUCUUUUUGUUAUAUGAAGGUCACAUUAAUACUUGGAAACAUUUGAUCAUACCUUCAUCAUUCAUUUUUGGCAUUUUUAUUUAAAUUUUAGAAAUGUUUCUCCUUUUUUAUUUUUUUAUUUUUUUUUUUUUUAUCAUUUUUGGUAUAUGCCUUUAAUGCAUAGAUUUUUUUUUUAAUCCAGAUCCAUAAUUCAAUAUUUAACUAUGAAAUCCAUUAUAAAAAAUACAAAUUAUUACAUGAAUAAAUCUGUGAAAAUUUAAACAGAGUGAAAUAAACAAAAAAUAAAUAUAAGAUUUAUUCUAAAGUUAGUGUAUAUGCUGUUAAUCAGGUCGACAAAAGUGUCUGUGAAAAGUAUGCUUGAGAUGAAAUAUGAGACGUGUGAUUGAUAUAGUGAUGUCUGAAGAAAACAAAUAAAAAUCAAG